AUGUCGUUGGCGGUCAGGGAUGACCUGUCUGUCCCACAUUGGACCUUUAUUGGAGAAGGAGAAAGGGAAUAUACUUGUAAUUCCUGUGAUUUAGGUCAAGCAUUUAUCAUAGAGAGAUUAGGUAAGGAAAUCUUUGGGUACAGACUAAGCAUUCCAUGGAUCAUUCUUUGUGUCGUAGGAUACUUUUUAACUGGGGGAAUUCUUCUGCUUCUUUUCUACUGGAAACCAGAAUGGAGUGUCUGGUCCAACUGUGUUCCAUCAAGUUUAGAAAAAGCUAAUGUUGUUUUACUCAGGUCAACGGAUGAGCGGAAGAAAUACACUCGAAAAAAAGUGCGAUUGAUAACCCUUACUGAAUACCAGAACUUACUUUUACAUGAAUCUGGCUGUUCUGUCAUCUCAGACAAAAACUCUGUUGUAUACAGAGCCAUAAGAAAACCUGAUCUCAAAGUAAAAUACAUCCGAGUGCAAAAAAUCCGAUAUGUCUGGGACAACUUUAAGAAAGAGUUUCAGAAAAUUGGAACUUUGGAGGAUGAAUAUACUUGCUUUGAUGUUCAUUCCAUCUAUGGAAGUGGCCUGACAAAAGAGGAGCAAGAUAUCAGGAGAUUAAUAUGUGGUCAAAACACCAUUGAAGUUGAGGUUGCCCCACUUUGGAAACUUCUCAUAAAUAAGGUUUUAAAUCUAUUUUACGUAUAUCAGUUCUUCACUGUCGUACUGUGGUUGGCAGAAGGUUACCUGGGAUAUGCCAUUGCAAUUUUACUGCUCUGUAUCUGUACAAUAACCUUAUCUCUUAUGGAACUCCGACAGCAAUCAUCAAAACUACAUAAUUUGGUGAAGGCUCAUAAUAACAUGAAGGUUACUAUAUGCCGAAGGGACAAUGAUUUCAGUGAGGUAGAAUCUCGGUACCUGGUUCCAGGAGACAUUAUUAUUUUAAGUGGAAAAAACUUCUUCAUGUCCUGUGAUGCCAUAUUAAUCAAUGGGAAUUGUAUUGUGAAUGAAGGCAUGUUAACAGGUGAAUGUAUUCCUGUGACAAAAACUCAGCUCCCACAUGGAGAUAGUACACAGUCAUGGAAAAAGCACAGUGGAGAAGACUAUAAAAGGCACAUAUUAUUUUGUGGAACAGAGGUUAUAAGGACCGAGUCAACUGCUCAGGGACCUGCAAGAGCUGUUGUGCUAAGAACUGGUUUCAACACAACUAAAGGGGACAUGGUAAGAUCCAUACUGUACCCCAAACCUUUAAACUUCAAGCUGCAUAGGGAUGUCAAGUGGUUCUUCGUGUUUCUGGGUGUCCUCGCCAUUGUUGGUAUUCUCUAUGCUGUGAUAAUAUUUGUGCAGAGAAAGGUUUCAGCUUGGAGAAUCAUUGUGGAAUCACUUGUUCUUUUGACAUCUGCUAUUUGCCCAAUUAUACCAGCUGCUCUAACAGUAGGAAUCCUUUAUGGUCAAAGCAGACUGAAGAAAAAGAAUAUAUUUUGUAUCAGUCCAGACAGAAUCAAUAUGUGUGGUCAACUCAACCUCUUCUGUUUUGAUAAGACUGGAACAUUAACUGAAGAUGGCCUUGAUCUGAUGGGUAUUAUACCAUCAACAGGAAAAUGUUUCUCAGAAAUGCUGGACUAUACUCAAGUGAAUGAGUUGCCCUGGGGACAGUUCUUUGGAGCCAUGACAAGCUGUCACUCAUUGAUCAUAGUGGAUGGAAUAAUGCAAGGAGAUCCUUUGGAUAUAAAAAUGUUUCAAGCCACAAAAUGGGUAAUAGAAGACACAGGUAUAGAUUCAGAUGGAGGUUCCUCGCAGAAUAUGGUUGUUAGACCAGGACCAGAUUCAAAUAUGACCAUACAAGGAGUCACUGUUUUGUUCCAAUACCCAUUCUCAUCAGGCUUGCAGCGCAUGUCUGUAAUCACCAAAGUUAUUGGAGAGGAAGAACUUUUUGUGUACAUGAAAGGGGCUCCAGAGAUGGUGACUAAAUUCUGCAAGCCAGAAACAGUGCCAUUUGAAUUUUUCGAAGUACUUGAACAGUACACUUUUCAGGGGUUGCGUGUCAUUGGUGUGGCAUAUAAGAUUCUUGAGCACUGUGAUGAUUUUGACAGCAUUGAAAGGGAAGAGGUUGAAUCUGACUUAGAGUUUCUUGGUCUGCUGAUAUUAGAAAAUCGUCUUAAGCCAGAGACAAAACCAAUUUUGGAGGAACUGAACGCAGCCAACAUAAGAACUGUAAUGAUCACAGGUGAUAACAUUCAAACUGCUACUACUGUUGCUAGAAACUGUAGUAUGAUUCCAGAAACCAGUAAAGUGAUUCUUGUUGAAGCUCGUGGUCCAGAAGGCUGUUCUCCAGCAUCUAUCACCUGCAAGCUUUUAGAAUAUCCACAGGGGAAAUGUAACGAUACUUACAUUAAAGUUGAAGAUGCUUUGGAGAGCCAAGAUCACAGCAAAGAUUAUCACUUUUCGAUGAGUGGAAAGACAUAUGAAAUUCUCGAAAAACACUUCUGUGAUUUGUUACCUAGAUUGCUGAUGAAUGGAACCGUUUUUGCAAGGAUGUCACCUGGGCAGAAAUCAACAAUUAUUGAUGAAUUUAGGAAACUUGAUUAUUACGUUGGGAUGUGUGGAGAUGGAGCUAAUGACUGUGCAGCUUUAAAAAUGGCCAAUGCUGGGAUCUCCCUAUCUGAACAGGAAGCUUCAGUAGCAGCACCGUUUAAUUCAAAAGUAACAAAUAUUGCGUGUGUUUCUGAGCUACUCAAGGAAGGACGGGCAGCUCUCGUCACAUCAUUCUGCAUGUUCAAAUACAUGGCCAUGUUUGGAUUAAUUGAGUACAACAACACACUUCUGCUGUACUGGCAACGGAACAUAUUUGGAAAUAAUCAGUUUCUUGUUCAUGACUUUGCUAUCAUGUUUGUUAUUUUCUUGACCAUGAGUUCAACACCUGCAUAUCAUAAACUAGCACCAUACCGCCCUCCAGGACAGCUUCUCUCUCCAUCUAUGCUGUUAUCGGUAGUCUAUAAUGUUCUUUUCACAGUUGCCAUGCAGACAUAUGCAUUCUUAAUAGUGCAGAAGCAACCCUGGUUCAGUGAUAAAGAUAUUUACAGUGCCUGUCAUCCAGGAAAUGAAACCCUAAACAUACACCUUACCGACGAGUUAGUCCAUAAAAGAACAAAGAAAAACUAUGAAAGUUUUGAGAACAGCACUCUGUGGCUAAUAACAGCUGUGCAAUUUGUCAUCCUUGCUUUUGUUUUCUCAAAGGGAAAGCCUUUUCGGCAGCCAAUAUAUACGAAUUACCUAUUUAUGGCUGCACUGGCGAUCGAAGUUGCACUCACCUUAUUCUUUCUAUUUGCUGACAUUGACCAGAUGUAUGUUGUUUUAGAACUUGUAUGCAUGCCAACAAGUUGGAGGAUCCACAUGCUUGUAAUACUAGUGAUCUGCUUCGUUGUUUCAUUUGUGGUAGAGGAGUUUAUAUUGGAUAACCGAAAACUCUGGCUGGCUCUGAAGAGAUGUUUAAAGCUAAAACCUAGUAGCAAGUAUAAAAUAUUGCGAGCAAACUUGGAUGAGGAUUCCGAAUGGCCACCUCUUGAAAAGACUAUUUAUGGAAAUAGCGACAUCAAUGAAGACAAAGAAAAUAUUUAUUAUAAUCCAGUCUUUGAACAUGAAGAUGCUGUAACUAAUGGAAAGAUACAAAAAUACAUGAUAGAGUAAAACUAAUACAA